AACAUGUGUCAGAUUUUGACCUUUGUAAGAAGCAGUGAAUCCAGGCUCUACCAUGGUGAAGUUCCUGCUGCUUGCGCUUGCCUUAGGUGUGUCCUGUGCACAUUAUCAGAAUCUUGAAGUCAGUCCCUCAGAGGUUGACGGGAAAUGGUACAGCCUUUACAUAGCAGCAGAUAAUAAGGAGAAGGUAAGUGAAGGUGGACCUUUGAGAGCUUACAUCAAGAACGUGGAAUGCAUUGAUGAAUGCCAGACACUCAAAAUCACAUUUUAUACCAAGGUGGAAGGCGUGUGCCAGGAACACACAAUUGUGGGAAGAAAAGGCGAAGAUGGGAAGUAUAUUACAGACUUCUCUGGUCAGAAUUAUUUCCACAUUGUAGAGAAGUCAGAUGACACCAUGACCUUUCACAACGUUAAUGUCGACGAUAGUGGAAAGACAAAUGUUAUUUUAGUUGUUGGGAGAGGAGAGAGUUCGAGCAUAGAACAGAAGCAGAGGUUUGAGAAGACAGCCGAGGAAUACGAUAUUCCAAAGGAGAAUAUUGAGGACUUGGUGCCCACAGACAAUUGUGAUCAAUAAAGACACCGUAUGGG